AUGCAGUGUAUGCCAUUCAAGUUGGUUUCCCCGAAUACUAAAGCUUUCUCGAGGGCAUAUGACCGCCACAAGAGCAGGUUAUCGUCCAAGCAACGUGUUCUCAAUGUCCUCUUGGUCGUUGGUGAUUGUAUGCUAGUCGGUUUUACAGAGGCUGCAAAGGUUCUAUUUGCUGUUGUCAUGCUACUGUUGCAGGCUAGGAAUCAGAAAGUUGGGGAGAAGCCUCUUCUCUCAAUUUCAACAUUCGUGCAGGCGGCUAGGAACAAUGUGCUUCUUGCUGUUCCAGCAUUUCUUUAUGCUAUUAAUAACUAUUUAAAGUUCACCAUGCAGCUAUAUUUCAAUCCUGCAACCGUGAAGAUGCUCAGCAAUUUGAAGGUGUUGGUGAUUGCUGUUUUAUUGAAAAUGAUAAUGAAACGCCGAUUUUCAAUAAUUCAGUGGGAAGCCCUUGCUUUGUUGCUCAUCGGGAUUAGCGUAAAUCAGUUGCGAUCUUUACCAGAGGGUUCCACUGCUUUAGGUCUUCCAGUUUCAACAGGCGCAUAUGUAUACACAUUGAUCUUUGUAACAGUUCCAUCCUUGGCCUCUGUUUACAAUGAGUAUGCUCUGAAGAGCCAAUAUGACACUAGUAUAUACCUCCAGAACUUAUUUUUAUAUGGAUAUGGUGCUAUAUUCAACUUUCUAGGAAUAUUGGUAAUGGCCAUUGUCAAAGGCCCAAGUAGCUUUGAUAUCCUUCACGGUCAUUCAAGAGCUACAAUGUUUCUGAUAGCUAACAAUGCAGCACAAGGAAUUCUGUCCUCUUUUUUCUUCAAAUAUGCAGAUACAAUUCUAAAGAAGUACUCGUCCACAGUGGCCACUAUCUUCACAGGCAUAGCAUCUGCUUUGCUGUUUGGUCAUAAAUUGACUAUGAACUUUGUUUUAGGAAUUUCUAUUGUCUUCAUCUCGAUGCACCAGUUCUUUUCUCCCAUUUCGAAAGUCAAAGAAGAGGAACAAAAUGGGAAGCUAGAAAUGAUAGAUGUCGAUGAUAAACACAGGUCAAAGGAUUCCUUUAUCAAUAUGGCAGCAGGGGCAAAUGAAGAGGCUAGUCACCGAGUGGGACCUGAUGAAAGACAGCCGCUUUUAACCCACCUAAAGUUAAUUGGAGGUUUCCCUAAGUUGUGUAAAGAAAUUUAUAUAAACGAAUUCGGAGUAUACAUGCCUUUGAGUGAUCCCAGUUUUUUGGCUGCAGAAGAUUUGGAUAGAGAGAUAAGCAACAUGUCCACAGUGAUGUAG